AUGGAAAUUGACGGCAAUACAAUAUUGUUCAUCUUUGUGAUCCUUUAUUUUUUAUAUUCGAGCCCGUCAGGCGAUGGUGUCACGUCCCAGUACGAGUACAAUCAGCUUCAGACGCUAAGAGCUCAGUAUAAUGAUGAGCACUCUCAAUUUGCUAAUAUGACACUCAGCGAGAACUUCCGAAACAUCACAGGUCUCAAACUUAGCUACGAAGAUGUGCUAAAAUCUCCAGGCAUUAACGCCACAUACCCAAUCGCUGGGAAAGACUACAAUCACUGGUCGAGUAACCAAGGCCACAUGAUACUCCCCGAGAGCGUGAUCACCGAAAUCAGGGAGGAUGUGUGGAGCGGCAAAGAAGGGGUGUUUCCACCUAACAUAACAAGUACUCUACACGGUCUCAUUAAGUUAGACUCGAACAAAGAUUAUCAAAAAGUUCCUAUGCCAGUGCCAGAAUACUACGAGCCUCCACAUGAUUUUUCUCAAAACUUCAAUGAUCCAUAUGUUGAUGACGGAACACUCAGCAAUGGUCAACAUAACGUCACUUUCAAUGAAGGUCAGGUUGUUAUCGAGAUUAAAGCAGCAGACACGGCAUUGGCUUAUUCUGAUGCAAGGAGGCCCUCUUUUUUCAAUAGCCAAAGUGAUAGGUGGCGGAUGCUGCACGUCAACUUGCACUUUUCUGACUUCCACGAUGAAGAAAAGCACUCAAUUAACAGCAGAGCAGUUUACGACAUUAAAAGAGGACGUAUUCUGGCCAUAUCAGAGAGCGCGAAAUUCCAUUCACUGUUUGCCUUCCCUCAUUAUAUGAGUCUGAAAGAGGACGAUAAAUUAGUUUUCGACGAAGUGAAGCUUUUAGUUGAAGAGUAUUGGAAUGCCUCAAAUUUUGUUGAUACAAGGACAAUGAACUACUUGCAAGAAUCAUAUGCCGUUGCUAACUACAAAUGUGAGUUCCUUGCAUACUUUCAGUUGAGCCCUUGGUCCGCUUAUAGUCCAGAACAACUGAAGGUUAUAGAUGACGAGCUCACAUGGCCUUUAGGGAGACGGGCUAAUUUAUCGAGUCUUCCACCCAUCAAUAUUUCUUCUGGUAUUGUUUAUUCACCAGAUUGUGGCAUCAACCUUCGUGUGAGCAGCGUCAGUGGCCCUCGGUACGAACUGCAUGUGAGGAAAAUGAGAGAUACAUUGCUGUUUGGGAUAGUUUUGCUUGCAUCUCAAAUCUAUUUAUUAUUGAUUCAAAUGCAGCAUACAAACACGCCGUCAAUGGUCAAUAAAAUAUCCUACUGGUGUUUCUCUUUGAUGAAUUCGGUUGAUGGAUCGCUGGCUAUAAUAUUCUUCUUUAUGACAAGCGCAAUUCCAGAGCUUUACUUGCCACUUGUAAUAUGCUCAUUUGCCUGUUUGAUCUUGGCUUCUGUUUUUGAGAUGCGCUACUUGAUAUCUAUCUAUGCAUCACAAGCAAACGAGCAAAACGUGAGCUUCACGACAUUACUGCGGCGAAACACGGGUUCUGAAGAGAGGAAUGCGCCAACAGUUAUACCUGAUGAAGCCACCAUUAGCAGCCACAUGUACCGGAGGUAUAUUCUUAUGAUGUUUCUCUCCAUGGUUCUUAUUCUCAGCGUUGCAACUUGGUCUAGAAGGAUCAGAACCCCAUUUGAGUGCGUUGCCUUUUUUGUUCUUAACUCAUAUUGGGUUCCACAAAUCGCGAGGAACGCUAUCAAGGGUAACGAGCCAAGAAGAAGAAGGGCUUCGCCAGGUGAAUCACAAGCACCAAGGCAGAACAAGAUGCCAUUGCUCUGGAGUUUUGUUAUUGGCACUUCUAUAAUCCGGUUCCUUCCCGUGGCUUACGUCUUCACGGUUCCCUCGAACAUAUUUUACCACCACAGAGACAUACGUUAUGUUGUUAUCGUUGCCUUGUGGAUUCUGUUCCAGAUUGUUAUACUUUAUUCGCAGGAUAUUAUGGGCGCCCGCUGGUUCCUACCAAAAUACACAAUUCCUGAAGGCUAUUCAUACCAUAAAGGUAUUUCUUCCGCCGACUUAUUGGAGCAUGGAAGCUCUCCAAACUACAGUAUUGAUUGCGCUAUCUGCAUGAAUGACGUUCCCGUUUACGUUGACGACAUUCCGAAGACACACAAGGUCGAUAAGGAAAGUUACAUGAUAACACCAUGUAGCCACAUAUUCCACACUCAGUGUUUAGAGAGCUGGAUGAGCUAUAAACUACAGUGCCCUGUGUGCAGAGCACCGCUCCCUCCUCUUUAA